AUGUCUUCAGGACAAAAUUACACAGAUAAUGAUGUCUUUUUCGUAAAUUCUAGUGAAAGUAUUAAAAUUGAAGUCUUACAUUAUUCUCCCGCUAAUAUAAUAUCGAAUUAUCCACCAAUUUUAUUCAUUCAUGGAUCAAAUAUUGCGGCUUGGGCUUGGGAUAAUUUUUGUCGCUGGUUUUCGAAUAAAGAACAUGAUUGUUACACUAUGAGUUUUCGAGGACACAGACAAAGUACGAAGACUCCCAAAAAAGAUAAAUGGUGGUCAUUAAAUGAGAUUACGAAUGAUAUAUCAGUCAUAACUGAUGCAAUUAUUGCUAGAACUGGAGAUAAACCUGUUCUCUUAAUUACCCUUGCCUUUAGACAUUCGUUUAGAGGAGGAUUUCUUCAAAAUUAUCUCAAAAAUAAUCACCAAAAAGUAGCAUGCAGAGUUUUAUUUGCAUCACCAUCACCUUACAGAUACAAAGCAAACCUCUUCGCAGACUCUUGUAAAAUUUUUUCACGUCAUCCAAUUAUUCCUUUCCUUAAGGCGCUUUUUACAUUAAACCAUUUUGCGAUAGCUGAAACUCCUGAAUUAAUAAAAAAAACUUACUUUUCUAAAGCAUUUCCUGAUUCUAUGGCCAGAGAAAUUCAUCCAAAACUCGAAAAAUUUUGUUUUAUCAAAGGAGUGGUUAUAAGGCUUAAUAAUAAGCCUUUUGUUGAUCCUUCAAGAAUCAAAUGUCCCAUGAUUGUGAUUGGUGCCGAGGAAGACAAAGUCUUUCCUGACAAUAUAAAGAAUAUCUUAGAAAUUUCCGAAGCUUAUGGCGUCGGAUAUGAUAUCAUUGGAGGUGCUGCUCACAACAUUAUGUUGGACCUUACAUGGGAAGAUGCUGCUAUUGUUAUUUUUAAUAGAAUCCACGAAAAAUUGCGAAUGAAAAAACAAUAA